AUGUGUGGCGAUUCUCAUCUCCCUCCCGCUCCCGAGUCCGGCGACCUCAUCGCCAUCAUCCACCCUAACCCACAAUCAUCCUUUCGGGGACGACUGAAACUGUCGAAUCGAGCGCCAGGAGCGACCACGACCACUCUCCAAUGUGCAGCUAGUAACGCCUCCGAACUUUGCGGGCCCGACGCUCUCUUGAACGUGAGGAUACACAAAUAUGGUCAACCUCUCUCAACUUCGUCACAUUCCGCUGCCGACUCGGAUUCCGAGGACGAAUAUGACCCGUCCAAUCCCGUCUUGUAUUCGUUCUUUGUCGACAUGGUCAGCGCUUCAAAGACAGGUGAUCUGAGGCUCAACCUCGGUGUCGGCGGGGACGGUGUCGUGGGCCGCACAGUAUCCAUCGUCGAUGGUCGGAGGAGAAAGCUUCUGGGAGAGGGGGUUAUUGGGUGGAGUUGA